CGGGGGCGGGCGGGAAAGGCGGCCCUGGCUGAGGCCCGGGGGUGUCGCUGUGCCGCGGAGGGCACUCCGCGCCCGUGCUCCUCCUCGCUCUCCGUCUUGUGGUCCCCUCUCCCGGUGCCCGGCUCUCCUGGCUCCCCCCAGGGCUCCAGAGCCGUUUCCCCGGGACUGGCGCCUCCGAGCGCGGCGCUCAGACCGCCGGGCCCGAAGGUUCCCGCGGCCUAUGCGCCCCGCACCCGGCCCGCCCGAUCGCCCACCGCGCUCAUUGGGCUUUCUCUAGAAGCUCGCCGUUCUGGGUCGGGGCAGGUCUCUGUACUGUGGCCACCUGAGCCUGCAGGAUGUUUCACGGGAUUCCAGCCACUCCUGGCAUGGGAGCCCCUGGAAACAAGCCGGAGCUGUAUGAGGAAGUGAAGCUGUACAAGAAUGCCCGUGAGCGGGAGAAGUAUGACAACAUGGCGGAGCUGUUUGCAGUUGUGAAGACGAUGCAGGCCCUGGAGAAGGCAUACAUCAAGGACUGCGUCAGCCCCAACGAGUACACUGCGGCCUGCUCCCGGCUCCUGGUCCAGUACAAAGCUGCCUUCCGGCAGGUGCAGGGGUCAGAGGUCAGCUCCAUCGAUGAAUUCUGCCGCAAGUUCCGCCUGGACUGCCCGCUUGCCAUGGAGAGGAUCAAGGAGGACCGGCCCAUCACCAUCAAGGACGACAAGGGCAACCUGAAUCGCUGCAUUGCCGACGUCGUCUCGCUCUUCAUCACAGUCAUGGACAAGCUGCGCCUGGAGAUCCGGGCCAUGGACGAGAUCCAGCCCGACCUGCGGGAGCUGAUGGAGACCAUGCACCGCAUGAGCCACCUGCCCCCUGACUUCGAGGGCCGCCAGACGGUCAGCCAGUGGCUGCAGACCUUGAGCGGCAUGUCAGCCUCAGACGAGCUGGACGACUCCCAGGUGCGCCAGAUGCUCUUCGACCUGGAGUCAGCCUACAACGCCUUCAACCGCUUCCUGCACGCCUGAGCCCAGCCUCCCUACCCCCACCUUCUGCCAUGGUCCCGUUUCCCCCGACGUCAGCACACGUUUUGCCGUGCACAGUGGCCUGGAGCCCGCUCCCCCAAUAAAGAUGCUUUCUGACCUC